AAAUCCCGUGUGCUGGCGUGCUCGAGCCCACAUCCCAACCAUAUACGAGACGAGCCGACGUUCCCCCGGGCCCCCAAGGAAAACCAUGUGCUGUGCCCGCCAGGUGCCACUAAAUCGGUAGCGCAUGCUAGCACUGAGACGGAGCUCCCAGUAACGGCAACAACAAGCAGCAGCAGCCAGACAGCCAGUAGUAACACAGUAACCGGCAGAGGCCAUGGCGAGAUCAAGGCAGGAAGGGGAGGCCGGAGGAGAGGAGCGGAAGCUGGUCCUGGGCAAGUACGAGCUGGGCCGCCUGCUGGGGCAGGGCACCUUCGCCAAGGUGUACUACGCGCGGGACCUGAGCGCCGCCGCCGGCACGGGCAGCACCAGCGUGGCCAUCAAGGUGAUCGACAAGGCGCGGCUGCGGCGCAUGGAGGGGAUGGUGGAGCAGCUGCGCCGGGAGAUCUCCAUCAUGCGGAUGGUGCGCCACCCCAACGUGGUGGGCAUCCGGGAGGUGCUCGCCAGCCGCUCCCGCGUCUUCGUGGUCAUGGAGUACGCGCGCGGCGGGGAGCUCUUCGCCAAGGUGGCCCGGGGCCGCCUCACCGAGGACCACGCGCGGCGCUACUUCCAGCAGCUCGUGGCCGCCGUCGGCUUCUGCCACCGCCGCGGCGUCGCGCACCGGGACCUCAAGCCCGAGAACCUGCUGCUCGACGGGGACGGCCGGCUCAAGGUCACCGACUUCGGGCUCGCCGCGCUGCCCGAGCAGCUGCGCCACGACGGCCUGCUCCACACGCAGUGCGGCACCCCCGCGUACGUCGCGCCCGAGGUGCUCAGGAAGCGCGGCUACGACGGCGCCCGCGCCGACCUCUGGUCCUGCGGCGUCGUGCUCUACGUCCUGCUCUGCGGCUUCCUCCCGUUCCAGCACGACAACUGCGCCAAGAUGUACCAGAGGAUCUUCAAGGCCGAGUACCAGGUGCCGCCCUGGGUGUCCGGCGACGCGCGCCGCCUCAUCGCGCGCCUGCUCGUCGUCGACCCCGCCAAGCGCGCCUCUAUCCCGGAGGUCAUGUGCACGCCGUGGUUCAGGAAGGGCUUCGUGCCGCCCGUCCUUUCAGUUUCACCCCCGAUGACGCCCAAGAAACGGCUGGACGGAGAUGACGACGGCGGCGGUGCGCUCUUCGACAGCAGCAGCAACUCUGGCGCCACCUCUCCUCGGUCGUGCAACGCGUUCCAGCUCAUCUCCUCCAUGUCCUCCGGGCUCGACCUGUCGGGGCUGUUCGAGAACGAACAGAAGGCCGCGACCGUGUUCACGGCCCGCGCGCCGGCGGCCACCGUGGUGGAGAAGCUCGAGUCCGCAGCGCGCGCCCUGGGAUUCGAGACCACCAGGGGGAAGGGCUGGAAGGUGAGGAUGGAGGCUAAGGCCGGGGGCACAAACGGACGGCUCGCUGUCACCGCCGAGGUGCUCGAGGUGGCCGUGGACGUGGCCGUCGUCGAGUUCGCGCACGACGCCGGGGACGCGCUGGACUUCAACAAGUUCUGCGCUGUGGACGUCCGUCCGGGGCUCGCGGAAAUCGUCUGGGCGUGGCAGGGCGACAGCCCGGCCGCCGUCGUUGGGACCGCGUGAACCUACGGCCGCCCGUUCGUCCUGGCGUCCACGCCUGUUGGAGCCAGCCUUACACGGCUGCAUCGGCAUCAUGUAAAGUUUCCGUUGUUGCUUCGAGACAGCCAUGGCUAGUUCGUUAUGAGUCGUAUGUUGUACAGGAAGAGAACAAGUGCAAAACUGAAGAGAGGUUUCUGUCGACACGAGAGCCGAAUCGAGCCGGGAGUGUUCGAUCGGCUUGCAAAGUUUUGUAGAUCAUAUAAUCGCUAUUUUGUGGAGAUGCGCACAUACACAAUUUUGUUUUGGUCGCC